AUGGCGCGUGACUACGUCAAGUACUCAUGGGCUUGGUCGGAGCAUGCAGGUGAUUGCUGGCACAUCCCCUUCUACUCCACCACACUAGCACCAGACAGGAAGGACCCCUCUUCUCCUCUGCCCUACCCGUCGGUGGUAGUCCAUACACACCCUCGGCCCUCUGCCGUCGUGCAAGCCGGAGAAGAGAGGUCGGACAAGGUCGAAAAGCCAAAGUCGGCGGGGUCUGCUGAUGUGAGAUCCCAAGGACCUCGCGCGCAGUCGGACAAGAUUCUCCCACCACGCGGAGGAGACGGAAAAGGCCCAUCUCCGAUGCUUGGCGAAGCUGUGCCACUCAAGGCAGUCUUGUUGGUAUGCGGCUUCUUUGCUCUGUAG